CAACUUCACAUUUUAUAAGUAAAGAAAAUUACAUGUUUUUUUUGUAAUGAUGGAAAACCCCAAUAACAUGUCGUACCAAAAAACAAUUCGGAACAUUUUGCAAAAUAUAUUGACACGUUUCAAGGAGCGCGAUAUUGAAGUGGACGUGAACCUGGUCGUCUUUGCAGUUCAAUUGUUGGCACGCGAUAUGCGUCUUGGAAUUACAAAAUGCGAUCUCAACAAUCUGACUGCCUGUACAAUAAACAGAUUUAUCGACGACAUAAUUUCCGGCUAUACAGAUCCCAAGAACACAACCAUGGCUAACUUAAAAAUGAUCUGGCUUAUGAAAACCACCAGGGAAAUAAAACUGUCCUAUGUGCAAGAGAAAUACGAGCAGAUAUUUCAACAGCAGCUCCAACUACUCAUUCAAGACAUACUUCAAUAUCCGGAAAAUUGCAGCAAAGUGCAGUUAGAUCAGCUUUUUGCCAAGAUGCAGGUACUCAUUGUCGUGUGCUACAAUCUUGGGUGUCCCAAAAACCAUGUUCUUCUUAAGCUGACGGCACAAGCGCUGAACAGUGUAAUUGGUCGAACUGAUCUGCAGAACUAUGUGCUGAAGAAGAAAUACCAUCGCUUGGAAUAUCUUAAGCGUCUCGCUGCGACGGUUAGCGGCAUUGUUAUUUAUCACAACGAUGGACCUGAUGGUGAUCGGGAAAAUGUGAGAUACGUGAUUGGUGAUCUGAUGAUGGCGCAAAAGAAUACCAGCGAAGCGAUUGAAACAACAUUGAAGCGUCUGCACCAUUUGCGUUCUAUCUGUCACUCUGUAAUCUCAGAGCAGUUGGACGUCGAUACAAGGGAGAACAUUAUCGUCUAUAGAGUUCCAUUGGAGAAGCUGCAGUGGCUGAAUCAAUAUUCGAUCACAUUUUCGAUUCAGGAACGUUGCCUGCGACUAUUGCAAGAAAAUUUUGAAAGCACUGCUUAUCUUCUAAAUCGAGAAAGGGAACGAUACGACUGUGUGGUAGCAAAAAUAAACGAAACGCUUGUUAUGCGCACCGCUAUAGAGUCCGAGCUAGUAUUCCCCCAUUUUGUAUACCUAGGAGAAGUUUGGAAUAAUUUAAACAAUUACCUAAAUCACAUAGUAGAGCUUAACAAGUUGCGAGAGCAAUUAGAGCCCCUGGUGACAAAUGAAAUAGAAGAAGCGGCUAAAUCGAUCGCAAAAGAAAUUCAUGCUUUGGGCCAGCGUCAAAAGUAUCCCCAAAAGCGCACAAUUUUAGAGCUCAUGGACGCCGUCAAGGAUUACAAAACCGAAGCUGACUUUUGUAGCAUAGCACAAACUGAUGUAAAGGAAUGCUGUGCUUUGACCCUAGCAAUGACCAAUGGUUUGUUGUUACCAGCGACCAUAGAGCACAACAUUUGUACGAAUGUGGACAUCAAAUUCGGUUUCCGCGACAAAUCGUAUUUACGUGUGGCAGAGAUUUAUUUUGAAAAGUUUAUUAAUUCCUUUCGAAAGGUUGUAUUUACAAACGCCAAUGUUGCGUUGUUGUUCAAUUUGGCUGAUGCCAUGAUUGCACAUGAUUUAUAUAGGAAGAAACCGAAGCCGGCGAAGAGCAAAGAUUUCAAUGGUCAAACCGAAAUGGUUGUUACGAAUGAUUUAUCGGUGCCAAAUUGGAUAAAUGUAACCUGGAAUGUUUGGGAUUAUCAUCGAGAUACUAUACAUAAGGCGGAGAUACGGAAACGGCAGACGCAUGAUUCCCAAACCAAAAUAAGUUUUGGACGCCGAAAUGCUCAAAACCAAACCUAUAAUACGCGUCAACAUUAUUAAAAUACUUGCCUGACUUUGCGGCUCGGAUGUCGAACACACCAAUCAGUCGACUGGUAACAAAGAAUAUGAACUUGUCGUGCCACACCAAGGAAUAAACUUCCUUCUUGCAAGUGGUAUAAAAGGUUGUAACCGUUUUCAUGCGCUCCACAUCAAUGAUGCCCACCUGCAGACAGAAAUUUAAUAUUGAUAUAUAUUUUGUUGUGCUUAAUAAAAAUAUAUUCAUCGGUGCUUCAUGCUUA